AUGACAUCGUCUCAGAAACGAAAUGGUAAGAUGGCGUCUGCGUCUGACUUAACGAAUGAGGAUGACGCUUACAAUUCCAUCUUUGGCGGUGAUUUUGGAUCGCUGGAAAUAGGUUCUAUUAUAUCUAACAAAGAUACUGAAGGUGCCACUCAGCAUUUGCCUGAUGCAAUUGAUUUUGAGGAUGAAGAUGAACUGGCUGAAGAAGAAGAUGAUGAUCAAAACGCAGGUGAAGAGACAACAGAUAGCGACAUGAAUGGAGAAAUGGAUGAGACCAAACAAGAUGACCAGGAAGAUGAUGAAGAAAUAGACAUGAAUGCAAUACCAUAUGAUAUGUUGAAUGGUACAAGUACUCAACAUCAUGACGAUGGUGUCAUGAUAAUGGGCCAAGAACAAGACGUAUUGGGCUCAGCAUCGAUAGUUAAUACCAACGAAUACAUGACCAACGAUGACAAUUUACUUUUAAACCACUCAAAUAGAGACCUCCGGAUGGGUUCUAUAGACUUUCAAAGCGGUGAUAAUAAUGCUUUAUUCAAUACAAAUAUGGAUGAUAAAAUAUUUAUGGAACAUAAUCCAUCUUUUGAUGCUGGUAGCUUCUCCUUAAGUAACAGAACUAACAAAUUGAGAAGUUCACAAGAAAUUAUAAACAAUGAAGAACUGAAGAGAAUAGAACAAGAAAGGGUAGCCAAUGAAGAUAAACUUUUGUUGAAAAGUUAUUAUCCUGAUUUCAAGAGAGGCAAAAUAUUAAAAUGGAAUAAAUUCAUUUACAGAAAGUAUGGCCGCUACCAAUGGCAUAGAGAUGCAACUAUAAUGGGAGAAGUUUUGAAACCGUUAUUUCCAUCUAAUUUGAAAUUCAAAGUUGGUCGUGACACAAGAAAAUCGUUUAAAUCAACAUCUACCGAGUCAUGGAACUCGGAAAAGAAAAAGGGUAUAGUAUAUGCUACUCUAGAAGAAAUAGACCCACAAUCCAUAAAUAAAAAAAUAGAAGAUCAUCAUAACACUGAACUUCCUGAAGGAUUAUUGAUUGCUACCGAUGAUUGGGAUCAAGAGAAUAUUAUCAAUGGAGAUGGAAACGAUGGUGCUGAUAACAUUAAUAAACCUUUACAAAUAACCGAAAACAAUUUGCAAGAAGUGGUUGAUGAUUGGGAAUGGGAUGAAGAUAAUAUAGUGGAUGCUAAAUUAAAAGAAGCAACAGCAGCACAGCUGGACAUGAAUGAUGAACAACUACUUCUGAUUAAGUUGGAGAAUCAAAAGGAAGAAGAUAAAGACCAUACAACAUUGUCAGGCGAAAUUAAUGAGAAGGCAAUCCUAAAAAGAUUAAAUAUUUCUAACGAUGAAGCCUAUUCAAUCUUGAAGCAUACACAUCAACCAAAAAUUCGUGCGACAAUAUCAAAUCUAAAUAUUGAACAUUCCCAACCGGCUUUGAAACUACAGUCACCAUAUUAUAAAGUUCAGUUACCAAAACCACAGUUGAGAUACUUCCAUAGACCUCAUUUUGGUAGUAAUAUUCGUUCAGGGACCACGAUUACGUUCAAUAAAUUGAAAUUAAGAAAGAGAAAGCGUGAUAAGGGUAAGGAAGUUAAGGAAUCUUUUGCCUCUACUCAAGAUUUAACUAUUGGUGAUACUGCCCCAGUGUACUUAAUGGAAUACUCAGAACAAACUCCACUUGCAUUAUCCAAGUUUGGUAUGGCUACAAAAUUAAUUAAUUAUUAUAGGAAGACAUCCGAUCAAGAUACCUUACGUCCAAAGUUACCUGUGGGAGAAACACAUGUUCUUGGUGUCCAAGAUAAAUCUCCAUUUUGGAACUUCGGUUUUGUGGAACCAGGUCACAUUGUACCAACACUAUAUAAUAAUAUGGUCCGUGCUCCUGUGUUUAAACACGACAUUUCAGGAACAGACUUCUUAAUGGUUAAAAGUUCAGGACAUGGUGUGAGCAGCAGGUUUUAUUUGAAGAAUAUUAAUCAUUUAUUCACAGUGGGUCAAACUUUUCCAGUCGAAGAGAUUCCUGGUCCAAAUUCUAGAAAGGUUACAUCUAUGAGGACGACAAGGUUGAGGAUGAUCGUAUAUAGAAUUCUUAAUAGAACCUCUAGUCGGGCCAUUUCAAUCGAACCAGUGAAUAAACAUUUUCCAGAUCAAGACUACGGUCAAAAUAGACAAAAGGUUAAAGAGUUUAUGAAAUAUCAGCGUGAUGGUCCAGAUAAAGGGUUGUGGAAACUAAAGGAUGGUGAACAGUUAUUGGAUAAUGAAAGUACCAGAAAACUAAUAACUCCUGAACAAGUCUCAGAAGCCGAGUCAAUGAGCCAAGGUUUACAAUUUCAUGACGAUAACGAGUUCUUUAAUUUCGAUGAAAAAUUAUUGAAAUUAGAGGAAAAUUUAUUACCCUGGAACGCAACUAAGAACUUUAUCAACGCGACUCAAAUGAGGGCAAUGAUUCAGAUACAUGGUGCUGGUGAUCCUACUGGAUGUGGCGAGGGGUUUUCGUUUUUAAAGACCUCAAUGAAAGGUGGGUUUACUAAAUCUGGAUCUCAUGUCAACUUGGAUCACCAAAAUAAUAAGAAGGGACAAGGUGGUGGUCAUACAUACAAUGUGGCGCAACAGCAGAAGAUAUAUGAUGAAGAAAUUAGUAAGACGUGGUAUACGCAUGCCAAGAGUCUUAGUGUAACAAAUCCCUUUGAGGAAAUUGAUGACCCCGAUGUCGUAAACCCAACCAAUAAGCAUGUCAAAACUCAUCGAGAUGAUAAUAAAGUUCUUAAGAUUGUGCGGAAGAGGAGAGAUGCAAAUGGUAUAAUUCAAAGACAAACUAUUAUUAUUAGAGAUCCAAGAGUCAUAAAAGGUUAUCUGAUAGGAAAGGAAAGAAGAAAGGAAAACAAACUAGAUGUCGACAAACUUUUGGAGGAAGAAACCAAAAUUGAAAACCCAGAUGAUAUCGAACUACAAAAGAAGUUACUACAGAAUGAACUAGCCUCUCUUGAGAAGUCACAACAAAGGAGAGCGGCUCGUCAAAAGAAAACAGUAGAUGGUAAGGUGGGCAAAGGUAAGAAUACUACUAGACGUUGUGCUACAUGUGGUCAAGUUGGUCACAUUAGAACCAAUAAAUCAUGUCCUAUGUAUAAUGGUGGCCCACUCGAGGAUUCUACGGCAAAUGCAAGUACAGCUACAACACCAGGCCCUUCAACGUCAGUUGGCCCCGCAAAUAACAAUGAAACGGUGUAG